AUGGCGGACGGGCUUGCGGCCGAGCUCGACGGCACCUCGCUAAACGACUCACAAUCCGGCGACUGGAAACAAGGCUUGCAAGCGCCGGCCAAAGAUGGCAGGCAGCAAACAGAGGAUGUCACCGCGACGAAAGGCCUGGAAUUUGAGGAGUUCUACCUGAAGAGAGAGCUGUUGAUGGGUAUAUACGAAGCAGGGUUCGAGAAGCCCUCACCCAUCCAAGAAGAGACGAUCCCAGUUGCACUAUCAGGCCGCGACGUUCUCGCGCGCGCAAAGAACGGCACAGGAAAGACUGCUGCCUUCGUCAUCCCCACACUUGAGCGCAUCAACACCAAGUCGGACAAGAUUCAGGCUCUGUUGCUGGUGCCCACCAGAGAAUUGGCUCUGCAGACGUCGCAAGUAUGCAAGACGCUUGGCAAACACCUUGGUGUCAAUGUCAUGGUCACCACAGGAGGAACGGGACUGCGUGAUGACAUUGUACGUCUCAACGAGCCAGUACACAUUGUCGUCGGAACACCUGGCCGUAUUUUGGACUUGGCUGGAAAGGGUGUUGCCGAUCUGUCGGAAGCCAAGACUUUCGUCAUGGACGAAGCCGACAAGCUGUUGUCGCCAGAAUUCACCGUCACUAUUGAGCAGCUGCUCAAGUUUCACCCCAAGGACAGGCAGGUCAUGUUGUUCUCUGCCACCUUCCCCGUCGUGGUGAAGGACUUCAAAGAUAAGCACAUGAACGAUCCUCACGAGAUCAACCUCAUGGACGAACUUACUCUGCGUGGUAUUACCCAGUACUAUGCCUUCGUCGACGAAAAGCAGAAGGUGCACUGCUUGAACACGCUUUUUAGCAGACUGCAAAUCAAUCAGUCCAUCAUUUUCUGCAACAGCACCACCAGAGUCGAGUUGCUGGCCAAGAAGAUUACAGAGCUUGGUUACUCCUGCUUCUACUCGCACGCGAAAAUGCUGCAACAACAUCGAAACCGCGUCUUCCACGACUUUCGCAACGGCGCCAUGCGCAAUCUUGUAUGCUCAGAUCUACUGACACGUGGCAUUGACAUUCAAGCUGUCAACGUCGUCAUCAACUUCGACUUCCCAAAGAACGCCGAAACCUACCUUCACCGUAUCGGUCGUUCUGGACGUUUUGGACAUCUGGGUCUGGCUAUCAACUUGAUCAACUGGGAUGAUCGAUUCAAUCUGUACCGUAUCGAACAGGAGCUUGGAACUGAGAUUCAGCCUAUCCCGCAAUCCAUCGACAAGAAGCUGUACGUGUAUGACACACCAGAGAACAUCCCCCGACCAAUCAACACUGCACCACAACAGAGGCAGCAACAACAGCAGCAGCAGGCAGCGCAGAAUGCUAGCAGACAGCAAGGGACAGGGUCUGACCUGCAGAAUCCUGCCAACCGAACCGACGGCUACGGCCGCGGCAGAGGUGGUGGCUAUGGCAGAGGCCGUGGCGGACCUCGCAAUGAUCAGAAUGGCUUCCAGGGCCAACAGAGACAGGGCGGCUACCAGCAGCGGCCGAAUCAGCAGAUGGCGCCCGCUGGUCCUCCCGCGGCUCAGGCUUAG